GCAUGCGCGUGUGCUGUAUGCAUGUGUGUGUGAAGAGAAGAAGAGCUGUUUUCUAGCAUGCGUGUGUGAGCUUGUGCGCGCGUGCAUAAGGAAGAGACGCACUGGUUUAUUUUGAAUGCAUGCCUGAGAGAGAGAGAGAGAGAGAGAGAGAGAGAGAGAGUCAUUUGUGUAGAAUGUGUCAGAGGAAGGGAAAUCAAACUGGCUGCAUGAAAUCUAUGUGACUUAAACACAGCCUUCUCUGUGUCCGAGAGUGAGAGGAGGUGAAGAAACGACAGAGAGAACUACGGAGCAUGAGGCGAAGACAAUCACAGAUACGUUCUCAGGAAACGUCAAAAGACAAUUAUCAAGCUCCAAAGCUCCCAUAUUCUCUGCUGUGAACAUACUUUUAAACGCACACACACACAGGACUUUAAGAAGUGUUUCUAUUGGAACUCGCUCUCCACACACACACACAUGCUCACAGAGACUUCCCUGUUCUGCUUUUGCUGAGGGCACAAAUCGAAAGACGCUUUUCCUCAUGUGCCCGUUAUGAAUUCCUGGCAGAACAUGUUACAUCAUUUCAGCAAAAUAAUGGAAAUAUAAUUAAUUUAGCCAAACACACACAGCAGGAACAGGAAUUAGAAAAGGUCCUUUAAACAGAGGACGAAAACUGUGUGUUAUACAGUAUAGACAUUUUGGGCCUGAGCACACUGAGGGAAGCGCUACUACGGCAAAGGCAUCAUGACAUCACAUGGAAAACUGAGAAAGGAGAAAGGGUGUCUGGCGGAGUAUGAGACACAAAUUAAAGAGGUUCGCGGUCAGCUGUCAGAGCAGCUAAAAAUCCUGGAUGCGCAGGUGGAGGUGAAGACGCAGCAGCUGCAGGAUCUCAGCGAGUACCUGCGCAGACGGGGUGAGAUUGAGGCAGAGUAUGCUCGCUCUUUGGAGAAACUCAGUGAGAAGUUCACCAUCAAGACCAAGAGGAAGGAGCAGUUGGACAUGUCGGUGGCUCAGUGCUGGUCAGUUCUGCUGACCCAAACCAGGCAGGAGAGUCGAGAUCACAGCUCACUGAGUGAACUCUGUAGCAACACCCUCACACAGAGACUCUCACACUGCAUUGACGACACACAACGCCUGGCAAAGCGGAGCAAAGAGGUGGGGCUACAAAUGCAGGACGAGCUCUUGAAAGUCACCACAGAGCUGCAGACGGCUUUAAAAACGUAUCAUCAGUACCACACCGACUGUCUGGCUGCUGAAGGGAAGCUCAAAGAGGCCACACGACUGGAGGAGAAACAAACGGGCAAGUCAGCUGAUCUUGGGCUCAGCCAAUCAGGAGGGCAGAGACGCAGUUCGGUGAAAAAAAUUGAGCGACUGAUGGAGAAGAGACAAGGGAAAGCACAGGAAACUCAGCUGAAGUGCACUAAAGCUCGUAAUGACUACUUGCUCAACUUGUCAGCAGCUAAUGUCACCAUGAAUAAGUACUAUCUGGAAGAUAUUUGCACUCUGAUUGAUUGCACAGAUCUGGGGUUCCACCUGUCUGUGUCUCGGGUUGUACGUGGAUACCUCUCCAACAAAAACCGACUGCUCCAGAACACGAAGAACGGCCUUCAGCAGCUGGACACUGCUGUGACUGCACUGAACCAGGGCCAGGACAGAGAUGCUCUUCUGCAGGCUCACAACACAGCGUUCUGCCUGCCCUUCCGUUUCCAGUACCAGCCCCAUGAGGGAGACCAGGUAUGUGAAGUGAGCGCAGAAGGUCAGGUGAGGUAUGAGCUUGAGACCAGAUUCCAGCAGCUUCAGUCCAGACUCUCCUCUGUUACCCUGGAAACAGAAGAGAUCAGUAAGACACUUAAGGCAACAUACUCUAACCUGCUGGAAAGCAUCUGCGAUGAUGACUGCAACCCCACCCCUGACACCUCAACCACCCAAUCAGCAGAGAGCACAGGUGACGGCACAGGAGUUAAACCCACCCUGGCAAAACGCAGAGCCAAUCUACAGGACACCGAGAGUUUCUACUUUACAAAAGUAAAGGAGCAUAUAAGUGGCAGUUCUCUGAUCUCAAAACUCCAGGCCAAGCAUGACCUACUUAAAGAAGGCAUACAGAAAGCCGAGGCCUUCGACAGCGAUUCCUCCAGAAUGCAGCCUGGUAGGGCAGUGCGUGUGCGGAAAGCCAGGCCCUUCUCCCAGUACAACCACAAACUCUUCUCUGGAGACAUGCUCUCCUUCAUCCAGAGCUCUGGGCAACAGAUCCCCCUGGUGGUGGAGAGUUGCAUUCGCUUCAUCAACCUGCACGGUCUGCAUCAUGAAGGCAUUUUUAGAGUGCCUGGAUCACAGACUGAGGUUAAUAAUAUCAGAGAUGACUUUGAACGAGGAGAAGAUCCCCUCACUGAUAAUGAGAGUGACAUUGAUUCAGUGGCAGGAGUUCUGAAGCUUUAUUUCAGAGGUCUGGAAAAGCCUUUGUUUCCUGAUGAGAGCUUUAGCCAGCUCAUGGAGUGUGUCCAGAUUGAGAAUACGACAGAGAGGAUAGCUCAGAUAAAGACCGUGGUCUCGUCCUUCCCCAGACCGGUCGUCAUAGUGAUGCGUUAUCUAUUCGCAUUCCUUCAUCAUGUCUCGCAGUACAGUGAUGAAAACAUGAUGCAGCCCUAUAACCUGGCCGUGUGCUUCGGACCCAGUCUGCUCAGAGGGGGUGAUGAAGUGACCCUGGCACCUCAGAUUAAUGACCUAGUCAAGAACAUGAUUCUCCAUUGUGAAAACAUCUUCCCCGGGGUAUCCGAACUCCCAGGCCCGGUAUAUGAGAAAUGCAUGACUCUGGAGCAGGAAUAUUGUGAACCAAUCACAGAGGAGAGCGAAGGAGAUGCUGAUCAUCUUCCCAGCGAAGAUGAGUGGGAGGCAGUGGCUUUGUUUGAUUAUGUUGCACGCUCCGCAGCCGAGCUGUCAUUCAAGCAGGGUGACCACCUCCUACUACACACCAAAGCCUCUCCUGAUUGGUGGAGAGGGGAAAUAGGAGGAGUGAGAGGCCUGAUUCCUCAUAAGUACAUCAAUGUGCUGGAGGGGGCAGAGCGUAAGGAACGAGGGAAGAAAGAAGAUAGUCGAGGGGGCAGCACUGGAAAUCUAACAGAAGAUCAACAGCUUGCUGAACACAGCUCCCGCAUGAGGGUGAACAGUGACAGCGCGUCUCUGCCAGGCCGGCAGAGGACAGGCAGUGGAGGCAACAGUGUAGGCGUGGGUGGCUGCGGCAGCGGAAGCCCCAUACGAAAGCUCACCCUUCAUGUGCCCGAGGGACGAAUUGUUCUUCCUCCACAGUCAGUUGCAGUUGCACGUCAAAUCUCAGGUCAUCAGGAGCGCAGGCACACUUUAGACACUCUGAGGCCAACAGGAGGAGCCACAGAUAGACAGACAGUACAUAUCGACAAGGAGGUCAGUCGCCAGAUGAACUCGGUCUUCAAGGAGCUGUUGUCCCGUCAUCCUCCUCAAGAAGUCUUGAAUGCUCCUCCCUCCUCUCCCCCCGCAUCCACUCCUGCAGUAUCUUCCAUUGGUUCUCGGCAUUCAAUGAAAAAAGGAUUCAGAGGUCUCUUCAAAGCCCAAGACCAACAGGACUGACAGAGAACGAUAAACGAGUGAUUUUGAGUAUUGAGUGAGUCUGAGUGGUGGGGCAACAGUGAAUUCAUCACAAAUAUGAAUAUAUUUUUCCAGACGUACAGUAUGGUAGUCUUUAUGCCUUAUUAACUCAAGUGUAUUAGAAAAUAUUUCUGGUUAAGUCUAAGCAAUCACUUAACCAGUGACUGAUUAUGAUUUUAUUUUUGUGUGAGUCAUUGCUCCUGUUAAUGGUUGUAUUUGUGUUUAAGCUUUGACGGCAGUUAAUCAUAAUCGUCUGUCGCUGUGUUGUUCAAUCUGUCUGGGGUUUUAUAUUGUAGUGUUAGGCUGUGUCGUUAUGGAGAAAUGUUCAUAUCUGCUGGUAAUGUUUUCAUGGAGUACCAGACAUUGGUUUCAAAAGUCUAACAAGCCACAUAGAUACUAAAAGCCAAGUAAGUGUGUUGUGGGAUUGACAUCAAUAACAGACAGAGCCCAUAUUGUUUAUUUUAGAUAAACACAGUCUGAGGGUUUGGAAAUGUUUAAAAAGAAAUUAUGGCCAGCGUGAAAGUUAGUAAGAUAUUUUGGAGAGAAUGUCAUUUUGUUUUCAUUUUUGAGCUUUGUUGAUUUUCUUGAUUUGCUUUUUUUAUAGACUCCAAGUACAAAAUUGUGAUAUUAAAAUGUUUUUGCAUUCAAGAAGAAACGUUGUUUAGGUUAAAUAACAAUUGCAGAUUUUUUUUCAAGAUUUCUUGGUCAUUUGCUAUUUAAAAUGCAUUUGAGCCUUUUGUUCAUUUCGUUGUACAAUGCAUUACUAUAAUUUUUAACAUAAUUAUAUUGAAAACUGGCCAACACACGCACUUGCGUAAAAACAGGUGAAGCGGCCAAAAUAAGCACAGCUGAGCAGCCACCCUUUACCCUCUGACUCCAUUUUCUCUCGGUCACGUAUGAAAACUAAAAAGAUAACUGUGAAGACGAGUUCCUUCAAACACUCAGAGCAGCUCAGGAAAUGUCAAACAUCAAACACGUCAGAAAAAGAGAGAAAGGAGACCUGACUUCCGAGAUGAUCAAACUGUGAAAGAGCAAGUGCAGUCACAGGAAGCACAAUGGCACUCACUUCCUGUCCUCUGCACUGGUGCACAUUACUGCCCCGGGUCACUGUCUCCCUCACAGUUGCAUUCCCCUUAGCAGUGUGUUUCUCUGUUAAAUGAUGUCUUCAUUGCUGUAUGAGAUACAAUAUUAUCAGAAUAAAUUAUAUAGAUUGGGAAA